AUGGCUGAGAUCCGCCGAAAGCUCGUCAUCGUCGGCGACGGUGCCUGCGGUAAAACCUCCGUGGCCUCACGCCCCGAAGCAACGCAUCGCCGUCUGGAGCCCGCCAGAGCACGAGUCGAGCUAACCGCGCCGUUGUCCAGUGUCUUUUCCAAGGGCGCUUUCCCUGAGGACAGCGAUUGGGUGCUGCGUGACGCUGGUGUCGGCCCCAGCGCGCGGCGAGAAAUCCCUGACGUGUCAAAUCUGGGCCGGGGGCUAUGGCUUCAUUUCAGCCUAUGGCCCAUCAGCAUCUCCAUCAAACUGCUCCCCAUCAUCCAACCCACCAUCACAAUCGAUCCAUCUCGCACAGAAAAUGGAUGGCAAAAGGCCGUCGGCACCUUUUACGUCUACGUCCCCACCGUUUUCGAGAACUACGUCGCCGACGUCCAGGUUGACAACAAGCACGUCGAGCUGGCCCUGUGGGAUACGGCUGGCCAGGAAGACUAUGACCGUCUCCGACCUCUCUCUUACCCCGACUCUCACGUCAUCCUGAUCUGCUUCGCCAUUGAUUCCCCUGACUCUCUGGACAAUGUUCUUGAGAAGUGGAUCUCUGAGGUCGUGCACUUCUGCUCAGGUCUUCCCAUCAUCUUGGUCGGCUGCAAGGCCGAUCUGCGAGACGACCCCAACACCAUCGAGGCCUUGAGGGCAACCAACCAGAAGCCGGUUUCCUCUUCGGACGCUGAGGCUGUUGCCAAGAAGAUCGGUGCGUACAAGUACUUGGAGUGCUCUGCUCGAACCGGCAGCGGUGUUCGCGAGGUCUUUGAGCACGCCACUCGCGCUGCUCUCAUGUCUCGCUCCACCCGCAAGAGCAACCACAAGAAGUGCCGUGUUCUGUAA